UCUAAUCGGAUGUGAGGGUGAUCUGGCUGCGACAUCUAUCGCCCCAUUGAUCACCAGGGUUGAUUCGGCUGAUCUGGCUGGCUAGGCGAGUGUCCCCUUCCUCCCUCACUGCUCCAUGUGCAUCCCUCCCGAAGCUGCGCACUUGGUGGAAGAGGACGACCAUCCCAGAUAGAAGGAGUGUACCGUUCUUCGGUCAAGGGUUUUGAUAUGAUUCUUCUAAUCAUGUCAAAACAAAAUGGGGAUAUUAUAAAAUAAAGUAAUUCAGAUUGAUUCUGUGCUUGGCUCCUUAUUGAUUCUCCUUUUUUCUAAAGCAGGUAAUGAGCAGCAGAGUAAGAACUAUGAGGAGCCACCUGCGACAUCAAUGGAAAUUGUGGAGCCUUUCAUGGAAAAAGAGGAGUUUGGAAAUCAAAAGGAACUGAAAAGAAAAAGGGGAAACCAAACGAAAAACGGGAAGAACAACUCCGCCUCUCAGGAUGACGAACUUUCUGAACAUGUGACUUCAGGCUCAGAUCAAGAAGAGUGUCCUGUCUGUGGGAGAAUAUGCAAGUGUAACUCACAAUUAAACACACACUUCAACGUUCCCACAGGAGAGAGACCAUAUAAAUGCAUGGAAUGUGGAAAGAUCUUCAGUCAGAGUGGAAAUCUACAUGCACAUCAAAGAACCCACACAGGGGAGAAACUGUACAAUUGCAUGAAAUGUGGGAAGAGCUUCAGUUGGUGUGGAAAUCUACAAUCACAUGAAAGAACCCACACAGGAGAUAAACCAUAUAAAUGCAUUGAAUGCGCAAAGAGCUUCAGUCAGAGUGGACAUCUACGUCUACAUCAAAGAACCCACACAGGGGAGAAGCCAUACAAAUGCACGGAUUGUGGGAAGAGCUUCAGUCGGAGUGGAAAUCUCAGUUCCCAUCAGAGGACCCACACAGGGGAAAAACCAUAUAAAUGCAUGGAAUGUGGACGGAGCUUCAAUAAGAGUGAUAGUCUACGUUCACAUCAAAGAUCGCAUACAGGAGAUAAGCCAUAUAAAUGCAUGGAAUGUGGAAAGAGCUUCGGUUGGAGUGGAACCCUACGUUCACAUCAAAGAAGCCACAC